AGUUAAAUGGAGAAAAGCAAGUUUCUAAUAGGUUUAGUACUGAUACUUUUGUUUCCAUAUGUAAAUGCAACAACAUCAGGGCAUAAAUGGCCUAAAACAAGCAAGCACUUUGUUCUAGUUCAUGGCGCGUGUCAUGGAGCCUGGUCUUGGUACAAGAUUAUGGCGUUGAUAAAAACUUCAGGGCAUAAUGUAACAGCUAUGGACUUGGGUGCUUCAGGGGUUAAUCCAAAGCAGGUUCUUGAAAUCCCACAUUUAUCGGAUUACUUCAGUCCGCUAAUGGAGUUCAUGGCUUCUCUUCCUGCACAUCAGAAAGUGAUUCUCGUAGGACAUAGCUAUGGUGGGUUGGCCAUAUCUAAAGCCAUGGAAAGAUUUCCAGAAAAGAUUUUAGUUGCUGUAUUUGUUACUGCUCAUAUGCCUGGUCUAACUCUAAAUGCAACCACUCUCUUGACUGAGGUAUAAUUUUACCAACUUUUUCUUUGCUAUGAUCUCUUCUUGUCAGCUAACACUUUUUCAUGUUUGAAACUAUUAUCUAGUUACAGUCUUCUAGUGAAAUGGUAUCUCAACUUGAUAAUCGUGUAACAUACGAUAAUGGACCGACCAAUCCUCCAACGGCCUUCUUCUUCGGUCCAAAGUACUUGGCAAGAAAUGUUUAUCAGCAGA